AUGCAUCAAUAUGACAUUGAUCACCAUAUGUUAUUUGACCUAUCAAGUAUCAAGAUUGGAGUUGGCUGGGCUGGGUUCAAUAAUUAUCCAAUUAUGAAACGUGAAAUGCGGCUAAGAUUUUUAAGAACCUUUAUCAAGUACCAUCAUGUUCUUUCGCCUGAUUUCUUAGUUAAAAUUACGAAGAAGCUGCGAAAAUGGAUUGCGGAAAUGCAUGAGUUUAGCAUAAUUCUAGGCGAUCACAAAACUAUGCUCGAGGUGGAAAGACUAGUAUCACAGUUGCCAAACUUCAUUGAAAGUAAUACCAGUUCAAUGUGCAGUUUUGAGCUGAAUGAUUCUAAUCAAUCAGAAUGUAUGGAUGGUCUCGGAAAGAAUCUUAAUAAUGUACUAAUGUGCCUGGAAGUGGAUUGGUCUGACCCUGAUUUGACGAACGAACAAAUCCUUCAGUAUAGUCGAGCUAUAAAGCAGGUGAAAAUCAUUCAAAAGAAGAUUAGAUUUUUGAGAUACUUAUAUGCCACAGAGAUAAAUGGUUAUGUCGAUCAUGAGAAGUUGGAAGGCCUAGGGACUCGGAUUCAGUUCAUGGCUAACGAUGUGAUACAGUUUUGUCGUGCUUCAGUUAAAUAUGUUGUGUUUAAAUAUAAUGGCAAUGAAGAUGACGAUGACGAUGACGAUGACAAUGAAGAUUAUAAUGGUGAGGAUGAGGAUGAAGAUGAUGAUGAGAAUAGUGAGGAUGAGAAUGAAGACGAUGAUGAUAAUAGUGAGGACGAGGAUGAAGAUGAGUCUGAGGAUGAAGAUGAUAUCUUGAAUAAACCUCCCUAUCUAUUAUGUUUGAUUGCGUUAGUGGAGCUGGAAAUGAAGAAGAUUUUUCUGGGUGAACUAAAGGCUUCAAAGUUCACUCGAUCAAGAACUUUCAAGGACAAGAAAUUACCAAAAG